ACAAAACAAAUGUACACGAGCACACAACAACUCUAUACAUAAACACUAAAAAUAUAAUAAAAACAAAAAAAGAGCAAAAGCACAUUUAAACCAAUAUAAAAAAUACAAAUACUUAACAUCGUAUGCAAAAACGAAAUAAGUAGUGAAGUAAAUAAAUACAUACACGAUGGAAACAGAGAUAAAUGAAGAACCUCAGAUUGAUUUGUUGGAGGAAAACGAAGCGGCCUUGGCUGAUGAAGUUCCCUCGAGACGUUCAGGCGAUAGUAAAAAGUCUGAUUCGGUGAAAAUUUCAAUGGUUUCCAUGUCAUCAAAUGAAAACAGUGAAGAAAGACUGAAAAUCAUUAGAAAGGAGGAAAGGAAGUUGGCCAUAAAGGACAUCAUGAAUCGACUAAAGGAGCGCGACGCGGAGGAGAUGAAAAAGAAGCAGUCUGGCGAACAGCAGGAGGACCAAAGGGAAGACAAAAUAGCCAGCAAAUCACAAGACAGUAUUCAACGGCACCUGUCCAUCUCACAAGUGGAGGAACAGGACGAUGAAACAUUGCUAUGGACCAAGCUGGGUGAGGAUAUCGACAGUGACACCAGAAGAAACACGGAUAUUGCACCCGCAGCAGACACUUUGGACGCAGCUAAUGCCGAGGACGAAGACAUGCUCGAUCUCAUCGAAACCCCAUCGGAAUCUGAUUCAGAAGCGCCAGUGACCGAGAGAUCCGAGAGCAUAGAUCCCAUGAAAGUGGCAGUUAAAUCCUUGAUGCUGGUUCCCAGUCUGUCGGAUAUUUCGCUGCCAAUUGCACCGGUUACGUCAAGGAAAUCCUCCCAUUCUAUUAAAUCGAAUCGAUCAUUAAUUUUUAAGAGUGCCCCAACCGAUGACAAUUCAAGUUUCGAUUCCGAAGAGUCGGAAGAAGAAUCCACCAAAGGCCCCAGUGGUUCUCGUACUCCAAUGGAUCAAUUGUACGAGUCCGUAUCAUUUUGCGAGUCUUUGGCACCCAUAAAAGACGACUUUCAAAGAACAACAGCUACGAAAGAAGAUAAAAAUGAGUACAUGGGCUUUGAACAGUUGUUUCCAGUAAUAACGACACAACUUGAAAAGGACGAAAUCGAUAUAGCAGCCCAACUAAGGACUAUUGAAACAAGCCAGGUUAUUUAUGAUUUUAUAAAUCACUUGAUACAUAAGGUAGUCAUGCCAGAGCAUCGGGGAACUGAUGAAUAUAUUCGGGCGCGACUGGACAAAGAAAAGCUGCUGGUCGCGCUGCAGAAUGAGGUGCAUGAUUACACGAGUGUGAGGGAUCAUAACAAGCAGCUGGAGGAGCGAAUGGUAGAUUACUUCCGCCGCACGAAAAACUUCCGAUACUUUGACCACCUACCGCAGAACGCCGAGAAAAGCUACUCCCGUCGCCUUGAUCACGCCCUGACCUAUCUGUCCUAUGGUCAAGAGCGCCUCAACAGGGUAAAGGAGAAAUAUGGCAUUCUAAUGACCACUGCGUUUUUGGACCUCGCCAACGCCAUGAACAUCGUUCUCAGCACGGAGCAUCAUCUCGAGCAGACGUUAAAACACGUCCUGGUUCGCCCGGACGCCGAGACCGACUUCCUCAAGCGCCUGGUUACACGCGAACUCCGACUUAUGGCCGACCAUAGGAAUCAAAUAAGCGAUGCCCGGCUGUUGCUCAUGUCGCAGAAACACACCUUGGCCCGCAUCUUAGAAAAAAUAAGAGAUGUAGAAACGGUUUGCGACGGUGUGAGCUUGAAUGACUUUAUUUCCGUGCAAAACAAAACGAUCGGCCUAGAAAAAAAGCUUGAAGAGCGAAAUAUUGAAUUGAAAAGACAGCGCAGGCUCUACCACACCGAUCUGCAUAUAACUAAGCACAAUCGAGAGAAGUCCCACGAGCUUAAGAACAAAAUUCACCUUCUUAACGAUAACCUGCUGGAAAAGCAUAAGUUGAAAAAUAAACUAAAAUCCGAGCUGUGUCGCGGAAAACUGGAACACAAGGCCAUUAGGAGACGGAUGAGAGACUUGACAUGCCAGGGUGGUAUCCUGGCUAUGCCCGCAUUGAUGUAUGACUACGAUCGAACUGUGGCCCACGUUCGGGAAAAGGAGAAAACGGUCUCGCGUCUCCGGGAAACGCUAAAAUCACUUACCAAUCAGCUGCACAGUAUAAUGGCACCUCGAAAAAAGAGCUCGAUUAUUCAAUAGGGCUAUUACCACUUUUCAACCAAAUACAUUUUUCCACAAAAAUUA